AUGAAAAUCGAGCAAUUCCAAAGAAUGCUGAAAGCAACCAGCGAUCAACAAUCACUUCCUACUCCGCCUGAAGAAUCGGCGCUGGAGGCCGCAGUCGACCACGGUCUUUCACCCAAAGCGCAGUCUAACAUCCCUAUGCAUGUUUACGAGCGAUUUUUAGAGGUUUUCCGCCUGCGCCUAUACUCCGUGUGGCCCAUCGUCUCGCAUGAUGAACUCAUCACCGCUCUAAGGAACAAUCAUGAAGACCAUGAGUCGUUCUCUCUCGCUGCAGCGCUGUGUGCAGCUGUCAUUGCUCAACUCCGGCUUCCCGAGCAUGUGGCAUCCUUCAGUUCCUCUUCCUCGGAAUUGGUGGCAGAAGCCCAGAGACUGAGACAUUUUUUCGAGUAUCGAGAACAAUAUUCUAUGUCGUCACUUCUGACCUCAUUUUUCCUCCAUAUCUAUUAUGCAAAUGCAGACAAACUCCGCACCGCCGGUUUCUACCUGCGAGAGACCCUCACCUACGCCCAUGGCCUCGGAUUGCAUCAGCUUGACAGUUACGCCGGCAUAGACCCAAGAGAGCGUCAAUUAAGAUUGCGAGUAUACUGGACCUUGUUUAUCUCCGAAAGAACAUAUUGUGUCCAGAAUGGCCUUCCAACCACAUUAAAGCCAAUCCACGAGUUUCCGAGCGCUGAUCCAACAGAAGGAUAUAACGCCGUCCCCAUGCCGGCAUUCAUAGGCUUGAUUCAACUCUUCACCUUCCUUGAUGGCGAUAUCCUCGAAUCUGUCCCUUUGUCGACAAGUCUUGCAUGUAAUCUUAGUGCGAAAGACAGAAUAUCGACCCUGCAGCGUGAUCUCAGCUGUCAUCCGCUUAGUGAAGGCCUGAACGAGUCGCAAGGGGUGGAUAUACUGGCUACCCGGAAUUGGAUUCGAAUACUGCUUUGGCAGUACACAAUUGCCCAUUUUGCGGUGUCUUGUCACGCCCGAGAUCAGGCAUUCUCAGCGUUGCUCCCAACGAAGAUUGCACGCGACAUGCUCUCCGUUCUUGAAAAUGUGUCGUGGAAAUCCAUCCAGCCUCAUGGAUAUGGCAUGGAGCUCAAGGUAUUUCGCAUCGCCGACUCCCUGUUGGACGUCCUCCUUUGCGCCCCUUCUUCACCUGGAACGCGAGGCCUUUUGAUGGACUCAAGGCAGGCGCUGCAUCUCCUGGAGAAAGUGCUCGUUGACGUAGGAGGGACCGAAUCACGAUUCUUAGCCACGUUGCGAAAACGGAUGGUCGAGUCACAACUCCCGGUGCAAAACACUUUGCAAAAUGACCUACAACUUUCACGGCAUUUGGAAACAGACGGCAACAAGAAGCCCACGAAUGGGCAGGGUCCUGUUAGUAAUGAGUAG